UGUAGAUGUCAUUUGACUGUUGGGUCGUUUAAGCCAUUAAACAAUAUUGUAGAGAAACUAUAACAUCAUGACUGUGGGAGAAUUUACGCGUUUUGAACAUUCGGUUGUUGGAAUGCUGUAUAUGAUAUUUGGUAUAUUUGGUAGUUUAUUAAGCUUUUUUAGUGUGAUGACAUUUAUUAGAGAGAAGGCCUUAUUUAAAUCAGGGCGGGCGUGGCUGCAUAUUAGUUUGGCUCUAGCUAAUCUUGGUGUUGUAGGAGCUUUCCCAUUUUCUGGUUCUUCUAGUUUCAGUGGCAGAUGGUUAUAUGGUAGUAAUAUGUGUCAAUUCUAUGGAUUUGUUGGCAUGUUUUCUGGUAUAGCUGCUAUAGGUAAUAUAUUUGCUCUGUGUAUAGAGAGAUAUAUGGUUUGUAGACAGAAAGAAGAAGUUGAUAAAGCAUCAAAUUCUUUCUACUGGAUGGCUACCGGAUUAGUGUGGGUUAACGCAUUUUUUUGGGCGAUUAUGCCAGUUUUAGGUUGGGGCAGUUAUGACAUCGAACCAUCUGGCACAUCGUGUACUAUUAAAUGGCAGAACUAUGAUGGUAGUUACCCGUCAUAUAUCUUCAUGUUGACUUUUGUUUGCUUCAUUUUACCAUUACCGAUAGCUCUCAUCAGUUUACUUAUGUCACCAACCACUGACACUGAGAGGGGCGAAGUGCCAAAACCGCAGACUUUCUUCACACAGAACGAACUAAGAAUGAUUUGUUGUUAUUUCCUGGGAUUGACAGCCGUUGGAUGGGGAUCUUAUUGUUUUAUAUGUAUGUGGGCAUUGUUUGCUGAUACGGAGAACGUUUCCAUGCUGGCAUCUGUUAUACCACCACUAUCUGCUAAAUCAAUGGUUCUAUUGUAUCCACUCGGCUACUGUAUGGCUAACAAUCGCUUUAAAGAAGCUUUUUUAUCCGUGUUAUCCUUUACUGACAAGCCAAAGACAACUUAAAUAUUUUUUCAUUGUAAGUAGCUGAAAAUGUCCUUACACGGAACAAGGUUAUUUGGUGCUAUUAGAUCGGAAUUAUCGUAUUGGUCGAAAAGCUACGCCUUAUAUGUUUACAAUAUUGAGUUAAUUGAGAAAUGCAUUUAAUCAUUUGUCGCUUUUAUGUGUGCAUGUUUAUAUAGUAACAUACGACCUUCUUGUCGCAUCUAGUGAAAAGAUUGUUUUGAUAAAGAAAAUGGUAACAGAUAAUUUCAUCUUCUAACCUUUUGACAGAACCCAGUGAGGGAUAUAUAAUAUUGUAUAUCAGAUAUAUUGUCUUUUGUUUUGUAAUUCCCACAUUGUCUAGAUAAGUGUAUUUUUUCAAUAGACGGACGUUGGUGGUAUUAUUGCUACACAUUUUAUAAAUAGCUUCUAAGUUGAGUUUGGAGCCGAGGCAGUAGAACAAGGAAAGUGCUGUCUAGUCAACCAGAGCUCGAUAUGAAAUUCUGUGUAUGUCAUUCUAAAUUAUAUUUUUGGUUCGCCAUAUUUGUAGUGCACGUAAAAGAACCCUUGACGGUUGGAAUUCGAAAUAGGGGUGGACCUUAGCACCUCUGUACGGGCAAAGUGUAAAUCUGUCAGAAAAGUAAACGGUAAACCCCCAUUUUAUUUCAGUUCUGUCAGAUCUUCGUAUUUAAAAAAGCAAUGAAAUUGAGAUGGUCGGCAUUACUGGGGUCAUCUUCUUGUCAGUAUACCCACAAAAUCAACGAGCGACAUUUUUUCUUCAACCUUUUUUUGUUGUUCAAGGUGGUUGAUCAAUGUUUAUAAUUGUAUGGUUUGUUUUAUGAAAUAAAAGUAUAACCAGUUUCUUUCUUGUAUUAAUACAUUAUUACUGAACAGUGGAAUAGCUAAGCUAGUGCAAGGGAGAACAAUUUGCAUGACUGUCGACAAUUUGUAACCUGGAAA